UCUCCUAUUAGCGCGCUGUCCGUGAUGCUGAAUGUACCACAGAAAGGCUUCUCUGAAAGUCACUCAAUAAAUUCUCUACUAUUUGGAUUACAAUUGGGAUUAUGAUUUUUUUUCCUCAAAGAACAACAACUAACGACCAAACGACGUAGGAUUACAAUUAUUUCUGAAAAAUGGAAUUAUCCAAUGUCAAUUUGAGAGGAAUUAUGUGCAACACAGCGUGAGGAGAGGACCAGGCUACUUUCAGUGUCUUCGUUGGAUGGCUGGAGGCCCCUGGCCAGCAGAACCUUAGGAGUCAACAUGGCGAAGAUCUGCACAGACCAGUCCUACCCGGCAACGACGCGGCAACGGCCAUCUCUCUGCACGCCAAAUGACAAUCUGGACUCCAUUGAGAACGGAACCCCCAGGUCCAACUCAGAGUGUGAUGACACCUCGUCAGAGAUUCAGGGUUCAGUGUCCGUGUUAACCAGCAGACAGCCAGAGUCUCACAGAGAUUCCUUCACAGGGUCAGGAGCCCUGGCCAGGCUCUCUCACUUCCUGUUCAUGCUGCGGACCUGGGCCUCUCACAGGAUGCACCGCGAGGUGGAGAGACCGAACUCCUUCCUGGAACGCUUCAGGACCCCUGAGCUCAAAGAGGUCUCCAGCAGAGAGAGCAACGCACGGUCACAGGGAUACCCCGACAGAGUCCGCAAGAGGAACAAAAAAGACGACAAGGACGAAAUAAAGAAAGAGGAGAAAAAACAGGAAGAGCAAGAAGAUGAGAAGAAAGAGGAGGAGAAGGAGAAAGAGGAGGAGCCUAAGAAGGAAGAGCCUAAGAAGGAGGAGCCUAAGAAGGAGGAGCCUAAGAAGGAGGAGCCUAAGAAGGAAGAGCCUAAGAAGGAGGAGAAGAAGAAGGAGGAGCCACCGAAAGAGAUUUGGAUCAUGGACCCGUCAACAGACAAAUACUACACGUGGCUCACCAUCAUUGCAGCGCCGUGUUUCUACAACCUGAUGAUGCUAGUGACCAGGGCAUGUUUUAACGAACUCCAGAACACUUACACAUUGCUGUGGAUUGUCCUGGACUACUCCUCAGACGUAGUCUACUACGUAGACACAUUCGUCAGGUCUAGAACGGGUUAUUUGGAACAAGGGCUGCUUGUGAAAGACAAACAAAAGCUUCUGGACAAAUACAGACAAACGGAACAGUUCAAAUGGGACGUCAUUUCAAUGAUUCCUACAGACCUGCUUUUUCUGAAAGUGGGCAUCAACAAUCCCGAGCUCCGACUGAACCGGCUCGCAAAGAUGAACCGCCUCUUUGAGUACUUCGACCGCACUGAAACCAGAACCAGCUUCCCCAACGUUUUCAGAAUCAGUAACCUGGUACUUUACAUCCUGAUCAUCAUCCACUGGAACGCCUGCAUCUUCUUCGCCAUCUCCAAGACCAUCGGGUUCGGGUCCGACACCUGGGUGUACCCCAACAUCAGUCACCCUGAGCACGGACGCCUUUCCAGGAAGUACAUCUACUGUCUCUAUUGGUCGACUCUGACCCUGACCACCAUCGGAGAAACCCCGCCCCCCGUCAGGGACUUUGAGUACCUCUUCGUGGUCGGCGACUUCCUCAUCGGCGUGCUGAUUUUCGCCACCAUUGUCGGUAAUGUUGGCGCCAUGAUCUCCAACAUGAACAAAAACCGUGCGGACUUCCAGGCUAAGAUCGACUCCAUCAAGCAAUACAUGCAGUUCCGUAAGGUCUCCAAGGAUCUGGAGGCCAGGGUCAUUAAGUGGUUCGACUACCUCUGGACGGAGAAGAAGACCUGCGAUGAGAAGGAGGUGCUGAAGAACUUGCCGGACAAGCUGAAGGCCGAGAUCGCCAUCGACGUCCAUCUGGAUACCCUGAAGAAAGUGAAAAUCUUCCAGGAAUGCGAGGCUGGGCUGCUUAUUGAGUUGGUGAUGAAGCUGCAGCCUCAGGUGUUCUCCCCAGGAGAUUACAUCUGUAAGAAGGGAGACAUCGGCAGAGAGAUGUACAUCAUCAAGGAGGGGAAGCUAGCUGUGGUUGCGGAAGACGGGGUCACACAGUGGUGUGUGCUCAGCGACGGAGCGUACUUCGGAGAUAUCAGUAUCCUAGGCAUCAAGGGUUCCAAGGCUGGCAACAGGAGAACGGCCAACAUCAGGAGCGUGGGUUACUCUGACCUCUUUGCCCUGUCGAAAGACGACCUUAUGGAGGCUCUCACCGAGUAUCCCGAAGCCAAGAAGAUCCUGGAAGAGAAGGGAAAGGCUACGUUGAUGAAGGACAACAUGAUCGAUGAGGAAAUCGCUAACGCAGGUGCCGACCCCAAGGACAUGGAGGAGAAGAUCCUCAGGCUGGAGAGUAAUAUGGAAAUCAUGACGUCCAAGUUGGCCAAGAUCAUGGCUGAGUUCACAUCCAGCCAGGGCAAGAUCAAACAGAGGAUCACCAACAUGGAGUCAACAGUCAAGUCGGUCCGGCCCGAGGAUAUAUCUGAGGUGGUGGCCGACAAGUAGACCAAAUAGUCCCACGACACAAUGUAUGUACCCAGAGACGUUAGGAACCUUUCACACUGAGCAAUGCAGAGUCAAAGGACGAAGCCGACUCGACACACGUUUCAAUAGGGAAGGUGCGUCCGAGUGGUAGAGGUGCAGGCGUGAAGCUGUACAAAACCAGGCACUCCUCCGUUAGCUCUGUGUGGGAGCCCUUACAGUUAUAACACAGAGAUGGGUUUUCAAAAACAAUACAUAAAACGGUAGAUAGUUUGAUACUUUUUGACUGUUCGUAUUUAUACGUCAUAUGUACAUUAUCAACAACCACGUAUUACGUACCUUCUUAUUGAGUAAAAAUGCACCUCUAAAUAUGUGUCAAAUGUCAAUAUGUUCAUAUGCAGUGACUGCAGUGGAUUCAACUUUCCAUAUGCAGUGACUGCAGUGGACACACCUUUCCAUAUGCAGUGACUGCAGUGGAUUAAACUUUUCAUAUGCAGUGACUGCAGUGGAUUCACCUUUCCAUAUGCAGUGACUGCAGUGGACACACCUUUCCAUAUGCAGUGACUGCAGUGGAUUCACCUUUUCAUAUGCAGUGACUGCAGUGGACACACCUUUCCAUAUGCAGUGACUGCAGUGGAUUCACCUUUUCAUAUGCAGUGACUGCAGUGGACACACCUUUCCAUAUGCAGUGACUGCAGUGGAUUCACCUUUUCAUAUGCAGUGACUGCAGUGGACACACCUUUCCAUAUGCAGUGACUGCAGUGGACACACCUUUCCAUAUGCAGUGACUGCAGUGGAUUAAACUUUUCAUAUGCAGUGACUGCAGUGGAUUCACCUUUCCAUAUGCAGUGACUGCAGUGGAUUCACCUUUCCAUAUGCAGUGACUGCAGUGGAUUCAGCUUUCCAUAUGCAGUGACUGCAGUGAUUCACCUUUCCAUAUGCAGUGACUGCAGUGGAUUCACCUUUCCAUAUGCAGUGACUGCAGUGGAUUCAACUUUCCAUAUGCAGUGACUGCAGUGGAUUCAACUUUCCAUAUGCAGUGACUGCAGUGGAUUCACCUUUCCAUAUGCAGUGACUGAGAAGUUACGGACUUGUGCAUCUCCAAAAUCAGAAUCAUGGCAUGGAACUGGUUUCGAGACACUCGUUGGGGCAGUAGAGAGCCGGGUCGAUUCAAUUCCAGUCCAUUCAGAGAUUGUACGCAGACAUUUAUAUUCCAAUACUCUUCAAAAUGCUUUACAAUGAGUACCAUUUUUAAAUUGUAAUUUGAUUUACUUUCUGAAUUGACUGGAAUUUAAAUGGAAUCGACCCUAACCCUGGUGAAGAGACAAACUCUUUGUACAGGACAAUUUUCAUAAUAUAGCCUUUAGUGGUUUUGGAAAUGUAUUCUUUAUUUUUCAAAUUUUAUGAGUCUAGUUGAAUGAAGUGCUUCACAGAGAAUAAUAUAAUUUAGUAUUAUUGCUCAUCUGUCAAUGCAUUAGUAUGUGUAUGAAUGUGGCAUGUAUGAAACAUGUUCUAUUUGAUUCUAUUUCUAUGGCGACUACAGUCCAUAACGGUGUAUUUUACAACGGAGGUAUCAUUUGAUAUCUUCAGCUUUACAAUUUAAGUUAUGUAAACUUGACCAAAACAUUAGUGUACCUCAAAUAUGCACAAAUCACAAGACCAGACUGUCAUUAAAAGCGUGUAUUUGAUCUGCCGUGAUGUACAUUUAUAAAUAUGAAAUGUGCAAUGGUAUGUAUUAGCAAGUGUUCAAUUCCAACCAAAAUAUUAAAUGAAUAAUAAAAACAAAA